AUGAAUAUAGAAAAUUCGGGACUUGAAGGUUUCCCGGAGAGUUUCUUUCGCUUCACAGUACAAAUGCUGUACGUUAGAGUGCUCCCACAAUCGCUCAUAAUCCGCAUCGAACGUGUUGGUGUUCUGCCAUCGGGGAAUGAGUUCAAACUCGCUGAUCACGUCGAAUUUGGCGAGACGUUGGAUGUCAGAGAUCUGUGCUUCUACCGUUCCAAAGAGGCAGAUUAUAACCUAGCCGCUUCACGUAGCAUCGAAUCAACGUCAAGGAUAGUAGGAGGAGCGGCCGGGAACGAGCGUCAACUCACCAGACGAGGAUCAACAAACGGACUUGCCGCACCUUUUGGGAUGAUUGACGGUGGUUCAUUCGUAGCAGAACGUCGAGAAUCGGCUCGAUACAAAUAUCAACUUCGAGCGGUUAGCGAGCACCGAGGGGUUCCACAAAGUGGUCAUUUUGUGACGUAUCGGCGCGGUAUUCAUGAUCCAUACACAUGGCAUUUGACAAACGAUGCAAAGGUUCAACGAGUACCGUACUCCCAAGUGGCCGCAGCACAAGCGUACAUGCUUUAUUAUGAGAGAAUACAACCAAGUAGAUGGUACAAACAAAACAAUAUUGUUAUAAAGUCUUAA